CACUCCGCCCCGUUCUCCUGAGCUCCUGGGUUUGUUUUCCGUCUCUCAAUCUUAAUUCUUAAUUCUUAAUUCUCAAUCCUUAUUUUACGUUAUGUUGUCUUUUCGGAAAAUCUUUCUUUCCCAUUCUAUCUUCUACCCACCUAUCCUCUACCCCAUCUAUUGUCUCCUUUGGCAUACUUCUUAACGUCAUCUCGAUGGGCUGGCUGUUCCUAUUGAGUUUCGUGCGUUCCCCCUCCUAAAUGGCCCAUAUCCUCCUCUACUGGGCCUUUCUGCCGCUGCUGGCUUCGGCGCUCUCAUGGCAUAGCUGGUGGUAUGAGAUGGGCGUCUUUGGCGCCCACCCCACGUUGAAGCAUGUCUCGUUUGAUCAACAGGCCCCCGAGGUCAACGUGCUCCAGUGGGAUCCCCGCUGCGAAGACGGAUAUGUGCUGUUGAGUCCGCGGGGGCGUUUCUACCCCGAGCCAGGGCCGUUGAUCUAUGAUAAUCGGGGGAAUUUAGUCUGGAUCGAUAAUCAGUUUGGCAUGGUGAUGGAUUUGAAUGUGCAGCAUUACAAGGGUCAGAAUUAUCUGACUUUCUUUACCGGUGAUGAUGAUGGGACGCGGGGAAUAGGUUCAUACUAUAUGCUCAAUUCCUCCUACGAGGUGGCUCACGUCGUCUCCGCCACCAGUGGCUACUCUGGCGAUGUCCACGAUUUCAAAAUCACCGACCAAGGAACCGCCCUCAUGACGAUCUACGAAAUCUGCCCCAUGGACCUGUCCGCCGUGGGCGGCCCCGAAGAUGGAUGGGUGUACGACGGCCUCUUCCAGGAGAUCAACAUCGAAACCGGCGAGCUCCUGUUUGAAUGGCGCGCACGCGACCACUACACUGUCGAGGAAACGUACUUUGAACGCGCCGAGGAGAAAGGCACGGGCCCGACGGCCGGCAAAGCCUUCGACUACUUCCACAUCAACAGCAUCGCCAAGGACGCUCACGGGAACUACCUCGUUUCCUCGCGAUACAUGCACACGGUGACGUGCAUCAGCCCGUCAGGGGACGUCCUCUGGAUCCUGGGCGGCAAGCGCAACAUGUUCAAAGACCUAUCGGAAGACGGCUCCGCCACCGAAUUCACCUGGCAGCACGACGCCCGGUGGCUGUCAGACAAUGUCAUCACGUUGCUGGACAACGGAGCACACGAGCACCUCCAGACGGCCGACUACUCGCGGGCGUACAUGAUCGAGCUGGAUUUCGAGAACUGGACCGCCACGACCCUUCACACCUACGAGAGUCCAGGCCACUUCAGCAGCCACUCGCAGGGCAACGUGCAGGUCUUACCGCGCACAGGGAACGUGUUCGUCGGCUGGGGCAAGCCCUCGGCGUACACCGAGUUCAGCGCUGACGGCGAAGUGCUGUGCGAUGCGCACUGGGGGCCGUCCAUGUUCUUCUGGUUCGGCUGGAUCAAGUCCUACCGUGCGCAGAAAGCAACGUGGGUGGGACGGCCGUCCACGCCGCCGGACGUGGUGAUGGACGGGCAGAGUCGGACGGUGUACGUGAGCUGGAACGGGGCGACGGACGUGAUCGGCUGGGUGAUGCAGCGGGCGAGCCGCAGCGAUGCCGCCGAUGGGGAGUUCGAGCUGGUGGGAUAUACCUCCAAGGAGGGGUUUGAGACGAGUAUCGCGGUGCCUGAUGAAGCGGAGGGACACUAUCUCCGCAUGGUGGCGGUAGACCAGGAGGGGGAGACACUGGGAGUGACACGGGUGUUUGGUACUGCAGACGAGACACCCCACGUUGUAUUCAGUGGUCCACCGCAGGAGAACCUGCGGCACACCUUGCUGGCAGCAUGCGGAUUGGGGGUAGUGCUGGCUGCAUUCUGGAAGGGAAAGCGACGAUUAUUGAGCUUGGGGACGAGGUGUGGACGAUCUGUGUAUGAUAGAGUUUGA